GGAGGAUAUUUUGGUAAGACAUCAGGAAGUGCGGAAGACGGCGAAGCGACCGAAACAGAGGGGCUCAACUUUCACCAACUUUUUGUUUUAUUUGACGAGUUUCUUUGUGGAUUUGCUGGCGAAAACUCUAUCGUUGGGUCUCCGAAGAACCCGCUGAAGAUGCCGAGCAUGGAAAAAAAUCUCUUCAAUCUAAAGUUUGCUGCCAAAGAGCUCCAAAGAAAUGCAAAGAAAUGUGACAAGGAGGAAAAAGUCGAAAAGGCAAAAGUCAAGAAGGCCAUCCAGAAGGGCAACAUGGAAGUGGCGAGGAUCCACGCAGAGAACGCCAUCAGGCAGAAGAACCAGUCUGUGAACUUCUUGAGGAUGAGCGCCCGAGUCGACGCAGUGGCAGCGAGAGUCCAGACGGCGGUCACAAUGAACCAGGUCACCAAAUCUAUGGCUGGUGUGGUGAAAGGCAUGGAUGCCACUCUGAAGAGUAUGAAUCUUGAAAAGAUUUCAGCCCUCAUGGACAAAUUUGAGCACCAGUUUGAAACUCUGGACGUUCAGACAGCCCAGAUGGAAGACACCAUGAGCAGCACGACAACUCUCACGACACCACAGAACCAAGUGGACUCAUUGCUGCAUGAGAUGGCCGAUGAAGCAGGUUUGGACCUGAACAUGGAGCUCCCACAAGGUCAGACAGGAUCAGUGGGCACCAGCGUAGCCUCUGCAGAACAGGAUGAACUAUCCAAUAGGCUCGCCAAACUCAGAGAUCAGAUGUAAAGAGCCGCCGCUGUGGAGCAGCAUCUACAACCCUGAUACACUACCUGAAUAUAACUCCCUCUCGUUGACAUCAUGUCUGUUUUUUUCCCCCUCCUUUUUUUACAUAUUCUGUCUGGUGAGAAGCAACUGUAAAGAAUAAUAGUUCCCUAUGGUUAACGGCCCCUGUUGGUUUUUGAUUUCCUGCUUCUUAUUGAUAUUAACCAAAUUAAAAAAGUGUAAUUGGAAAGUUUUUAAUGAAAUAUAAGAUUUGAGGUUUGUGGAAAACAUAUUUAAAUAUACUUACGAUAUUCACAAGAAAAUCAAUAAGAACUAUUACCUUUAUAUUUAUCGUUCAUUUUCAGAAAUACUCUCCAGGUUUUGUAUAAUAGGAUGUUUUUUUUGUUUUGUUUUGUUUUCUUUCAUUCAGGUGUGCAUACUUGGGGCAAAAUAUAUGCAUAUUUCAUUUCUGGGACUGUUGAGAGGUCUUUCUUCCCAGUGGUGAACUGACUUUUUGUUCUGAUUACUUCUACUUUCUUUGCGAUGAAUAUUUUUAGAAGGUCAUAGGAGGUUACGCUGUCUGCCUCUAUGGUCACCUUCAUUUUCUCUCAUUGUUCGGGAAAGGUUAAAAUUUAAGUGAAUGAACAAUAAAAUUUUAUAAUACCCAUAUAAA